CGAUUGGCGAGCACAUGACCACUUAAACAUUGCUUUAACGCCUGGCUUCAACGUGUAGUAUUUCUUCUCGGGUUUAAUACUUUUGUCAAGCAGUCUACUCUGACACGCACAAUUUCUUUUAUUGACUGAACAUCUCGCCAGAUAGCCUUAUGGCCAACUGUUCAACAGAGGCAGAAAUACCUCUGAAUCAAAUCGACGGCGAUCCUGAAGUGAAUACGUCUGGAAAAGGAGAGUUUAAAGGAAUAUUCUUCGACAAAGUCAAACUAAUAGCUGCGGCCGUUGUUCUAGUUAUCUUGUUGAUCAUUAUUAUUGUCCUUGCCGCCGUCCUUGGUCAAGAGCGUGCCAGAAGAGGAAAAGAUGAGAUCCGUAAGUGUGGCAAAUAAUUGUUAUUCUUUCGAGACAUGCCAGUCUCAGGUUCAUUUCAACUCUGAUUGCCAGGAAUGUCCCCUAAAUUCUCUUUGUAAACUACUGUACUGUCGCUUAGAUAAAUGGUACUUUAUGCAAAUAAGCUGUAAUAUUAUUGACAUCUUUAUUUGCUGAAUGUUGGUGGAUAGGAUACAUUACUAUCGAUGACUAAACUCGAUGAAAAUUUUAAUCAGUGCAGUACCAGGAACAUUUUUUAACGUCACCCUGAAGCUUCGAUUUAUUCAUAGUAUGAAUUUCUAUAAUAUUGAAUAAUUUAUCACCGCGUUAGCUUCCAACUUGAAGAAAUCAAAACCUACUUGGUAUGCAAAUUACACGGUGACACCUGAAUAUUUAUUAUUUUUCUGUACCGGUAAACAAACAGGUCCAAAUAUAGGUUGAUCCACGGGUUCACCUGCCUACGAAACAGCUUUGACAGUUUAAACGUUUUUUCAUAGAGAAGAAAGAUUUGGAAAAGGUGGCUGCAAUGAUGUAAGCGAUGUCGGAGUAAAAUAUGAAGAAUAUGGCUUUGCGUGAUUCCAGUAACAUAGCUUAAGUGAUGUAUAGGGCUUGUUUUAUUAAUAAACAUAAUAUCCAUGUAUAUAUUCAUAAAUUAUUUGAAUUUCUUUUCACAACCACUCUGUUUCCAUUACAAUUUUUGUCAUCCUUUUAUUCUUCUUUGUAUUCUACGCUGCAGAUGAUUCAGUGUCUGCUCUGAAUUUUCUAGAACUCGCUACCUCUACGGUAGAAACAAUUAUCAAACUAAACCGUUGUAAUGUGAAACACAUAGCACGUUUUGAUAGAUAAGGGAACAUUUCAGAGGCUCUGCAACGCGCGUUAUCAAAAUUGACACAACAGAUAUGUGGGGCGAAUGUUUUUCUGUAAAUCCUUUCGUUUUCCAGUUUACUUCAUUUUUUGGUGUGUUUAUGUUGUGUUUUUUAUUUUCAGAUACUACUUCAAGUAGAUCGCAGAAGGUGUCAUAUAGAAAAUAAUUCUAAAUUUUCCCUACAUCUUAACCGAAUGUUCUUGAUAUGUCGAUCGUACUUUUGACGCCGUACCCGUAAGAGCAGCAACACAAGGGAUACUAUGACUCAAUUUAAUCUGAUACUUAUCAAGAGCUGUAUUAUUAGAGAAGAUAGCUAGUAAUUGUCCGUAAUUGAUUAGUACUGCGACUUGAAAGGAUUGAAUGUAAUGUAAUGUGUGUAACGACAUAACUGCGCGAGUGAAACAUUCCUUAAUUAUCAAUGCAGCGAUACAAAAAAUAUAACCUAAAUUAAUUAGUCCAAUCAACUUCAGUUGUCAUAUGUAUUUUUCUACGCUUUAAUUUUCUACUUUCAAAGUUGUUCAAUCAAUUUAUCUUAACUGUUCAUCAAUGUUAUUACACAGCUCCCGGAGGUGAGACUGAGGAGGAGAAAGAAGGCGGGAGUCCGACCCCUCCUGGCCCAACUACAGCAGGCCCAGAGCCCUGGUGGAGAAUUCGGCUUCCUGAUAAUGUGAUACCAUUUCAUUAUGAUCUCACCUUACACAUCGACAUGAAUAAGCCGAACUUCAAAGGCAAAGUGAAAAUUUGGUUCAAUGUCACGAGUCCCACGCCUUACGUACUAGUUCAUGCUCUCGACAUGAACUUUACUGCAAAUGAAGUCAGGAAACUUUCCGGCGGUAAGCUAAAUUUAAAUGCAUCGCUUCAAGAUGUUUGAAUGAAUAGAAACGGAGCUUGAAAACCCAUUUAUUCAUGAUAGCUUUUAAUAGUUUUUCAAAUUAUUUUACAAUUUCCUAGAGAUUUUGUUUUUAAGUUUAAACGGCAGAGAUCUCCAUGAUAUAUAGGAUUGUAUAACGCUUAGAGGCUUGCAAUAAGCGCCAUAAAAAUUGUAUAUAUUACUACAAUAUCUUAUCAUUAUUAUUAUUAUUAUAAAUAAGAUGGUGACGACUGCGCACAGCCUUUCCUCUCCUAAUAAUGUACAUGAAAAUUUUACGCGCUUCUUAUUGGCUGAAAACAAGUGCAUUCUCAUGUAACACGAGUGCCAAGUCGUAACACGAGUGCAAAUUACAAAUAGUGCGUGCACACUUUCAAAAUUUCGUCUGUCUUGCCUUUCUGUGAUUUUUUUUUCAUGUAAAUUACUAACAAGUAAUAAAGUUAUUUCUCUUGCAAAUUGUUGUAAUGGGUACUUGUAAAUUUUUCAACGACUACAAAUAACACACGCACGACGGGCUCGUGUAAUUUUGUUGCCUUUGCAAAAUUUACUCGUGCUUAUUAACACCAAAUUGCACUCUAAAUAAUGUUACUACUUUGACAAAUGUCAAAUAUCAACAAGAAACAAGAGAGAAUCAUAUCAUGGUGUCAAAAGGCCUUGCGGUGCCAAGUUUGACGCCGUUCAUCUUACCUAUAAAAAUAACAAUUUUUUUUUCUGAAGCUUUCAGUGGGUGGAAUUUAAAAUUCUCGAAUCUGAUUGGCUAAUCGCGCGCGUAACUGGUCUUCGUUUUACAAUUUAGACGAGGUUCCAAAAUUUUGUCCGCGCCAUUCCAGGCAAAGUUAAAUAAAAGGCAAAGAGGCACAAAAAGUAAAUAAGGUGGGUGCGUAUAGGAAACAAUUCUUCCCUCGGUAACAGUUUUCUCCCAUAUGGACCUCUCGCCCUGUAAAUAACACAUAUUUACUUGAUUAAAGCACAAGAGUUAAUGUCGAAUAUAUCACGCCUUGCUUUAUUUCCUGUUUUCUUUAAGGGCCCAUUCCGAUCAAGCGAUAUUUCAAGUUUGAAAAGAAUCAAUUCCUCGUCACAGAGCUAGAGACGUCAUUGGAUAGAGAUCAAUAUACUAUGACAUUGGAAUACUCUGGAGAAUAUGGAAAAGACCUGAGGGGAAUGUACAAAUCCUCCUUCAUAGACGAGAAUGGAAAGGAAUCGUAAGUACCUGCCCUGUCAGUAUAUAUAGAAAAUUAGAUUGUUUGAUAACAUGCCUUAAUGUUUCUUUAUUUUCCUUUCAAACCCGUAACUCUUGAAGUAAAGUUCAGUAGCGGCGUUGAAAACUUAAUUAGCUGUUGUUUUUCUUUUAGAUUUUUCACCGCCACUCAAUUUGAACCCUUGAGAGCGCGCCGAGCGUUUCCAUGCUUCGACGAGCCCGCGAUGAAGGCGACUUUUAACGUGACUCUGGUUCAUGAUCCAAAUCUAAUCGCUUUGUCCAACAUGCCAAUCUAUCGAAGCCAAAUUGAUGAUGGAUGGAAAUAUGAUCACUUCAGAAAGACGGUCAAGAUGUCUACUUAUCUGGCCGCCUUUGCCGUGGGUGACUUUAAGUACAAGGAGACCAAAACAGGCAGUGGCAUACAGGUACACAUCCUAGUAGUAUUUUUUUCUAAUGGUAGGGGAGGGGAUCACUUAACGAUUAGCUGAUGUACCCUCGUACCCAGGCCCAAGUGGUGGUCACUGAAUUCUUCUCUUGCAUGGGCAAGACAGUGCGUCUCUCCGGCUGAUGUAUGAAUGGGAGGCGUCAAAUUGUUAAGAUGUUAAGAACUGAACCUCUUUGAUGGACCAGAAUCCCCUCAAGCGAGAGUAUCAAUAAUCGUAGCCUGGUAAACCGCGAUGAGCUCCAGUGAUGUGGGCGAAUAGGCUUGUGAAAAGACACCGACUACUUUGUUUAUUAUUCAUCCUAUAUCAACGCACAUUUCAAAUCGUACAUUUUUGCUGUGUAUUUAUCGAGUGCUAAUUCACAAUUGAAAUGAAAUUGACUGUUCAAAACGCUUAGUUCCUGACACGGUUUCAACCUCUUCUCUAAUAACCAUAGGAAAUUAAGAAAUCAGUUCAUUCAUACUCUGUUAUCAGCAUGCUAUGAUGUUUGUUCGUAGAUAAGAGUGUACGCAAGACCAGACGUUCUUGAUCAAGUGGACUACGCUUUAAAAGUGUCAAACGAGACAUUUAUAUACUUUGAAGAGUUCUUUGGUGUUCCAUAUUCGUUACCAAAGUCAGGUAAACACUAACUGAGUUUACAAACUAUUCAUGAAGACUUUUACGGAUAAUACGUGUCCCUUAUUAACAUUGGGGAUUCCCUACUGCUAGAUGUAAUUGACACAGUAAUGAAGUCAUUACUAUUAUUAUCACGGAUGCCUAUUGGCUUCUUAUUUGAGGUUUUUUUCUUUUUUCACAGAGACUGAAUUACCGAGAAUUUAGAAUAAUACGGUCGAUGCUAGUAAUACUAAUUUCAGAUCACAAGCAUAGUAAUGUUUUGAGUUAAUCGGCUUGCAGAUGGAAUCGCACUUCCGGUAUUUGGUCCUUCCGGAAUGGAAAACUGGGGCCUUAUUAAAUACCGUGAGACAAAUUUGCUGUUAAUGGAAGGUGAGACUUCAUCUUCGUCAAAAGAGAGCAUCGCAAAACUAGUGGCUCAUGAAGUAGGACAUCAGGUAAAAUUUCUGUACUUGAGCAAAAUUCUACUAGAGAAGCAGGGCAAGUUCUGUGGUCUUCCUGUUCCAAACUCUUAGCUGGGGGGCUAUUGUUCUGAGAAAAGGUUAUCAAAUAACAUGAAUGGUUCAUGUAACCCUUAAUGUAGCAGUAUAUUUAUUGUAAUUUGAUAAUCAGGCCCUCCGUAUUUUCCAACUACGUAAGUAGCCUAAAUUUCAAUAAGCUUAGAGACCAAGCACGCAAUGGGUGUUUACAACUUUGUUACCACUCUUCCCGUAACUUUAUCUCUACCCGAAGGGGCAUUACCCCGAGUGUCGCCUGGUGACGUAAGAAACCCCUUUUAGAGAGAAUUUUUGAAGACGGUCAUUAUACUUUUUGGGGGAAGUAGACAUGUAAUGACAGUUUGAAAUUCUGCCCUAUGUGUAUUUCUGACUUUCACAAGAGGUAGGUUACGGUCGUUACGUUCUAUAUAUAUUUACUAACAUAGUUCUACCACUUCUCCAUCUUUGUCUCCAGUGGUUUGGUAAUAUUGUUACCAUGGAAUGGUGGACAGAUCUGUGGUUAAACGAAGGAUUUGCUACUUACGUCAGUUCGAUUGGAAUCGAUCACGUUCAUCCCGAAUGGAAUAUCGUAAGUUCUUUGCUUAAAAAUGUAUUCUGCAUAUCGUCGCUAUUUUGAAAGAUCACUAGUUCAGCCGUAAAGUAAGAUAUCAAUGACCACAAAUUCCCUUUCUGUUUCAGAUCGACCAGUUUAUCGUCAGAGCAGUUCAAGAUACUUUGCAGCUGGACGGAUUAGCAAGUUCUCACCCAGUUAGGAUUCCUGUUGAAGAUCCCCAGAAAAUUGGAGAAAUCUUUGAUGCCAUCUCGUACAAAAAGGUAUCACUAUGAGUUUGGCAUUGUGACUUGUUAAGUCUCGAAAUUGUAGCUUCUCCAAAUUGCUAGUCCAACUUCAGCCACAUGCUACUAAGGUAGUACCUUGUGUUGCCGGGAUACAUUGAUUGAUAUUCAUCAGAAUACAAGCUCUCGGUUUCUUGAAAUUCACUAAUAUUCGAUUCAAAGCUAACAUCUCUUCCCAAAACAACCUGAUAUUUCGAGCCCUACGAUAUUUACCUAGCUACAAUUUCAUUUUUAUUGGAGGUUCAGAAAAAUGGAUUCUGUCUGAGCCGCAUUAGUUGUUUGAGAUGUAUGUUUUCGAGCCUUUUGCGUGAUGUGUUGUAAAACUUCUUAUAUCUCAUUGGUAUUGCUUUGUUUUCAUUUUUCUUGUCUGUUUGCCUGUUUUUUGCUUGUUCCCUUUUUUUUUCUGAAAUGCGAUAGAAAAUUCAUCCAGAGAUUCAACUCUCGUCAAUGACUGUUCUGUUAAACUCAAAACCAGUUAUUCAACUUAGAUGUUGAUUAUAACUGAUGAAAAGGAGGUACGUUUUCUUAAUAACAAGUGUAACCCUUGCACAACUACAAUCUAUUUUGAGCUUUUCCUCUUUUUGUCCACAGGGUGCUUCCAUUUUAUUGAUGCUUCAUUAUUAUCUAGGAAACGAAGUAUUCCGCGAUGGAUUAAAGGUGCGUUUUCAAUGCGUUCUUUUUAUCUUCCAUUCACUCUCUCCAUUCCCAGUUUGAAUUUUAAAAACCAUUAUUUAAAAACACGCUGCGACUGUUUUUCAAUUUCUUUCAUAUGAUUAUCAUGGUUGAUUAUAUUUUGAUAUGCGUUGUAUAUUCUAUUAUUUUACUUGCUCAAAUAUAGAGAUAUCUUACCAAGCAUGCUUAUGCAAACGCUGAAACAGACGACUUAUGGAAUGCAAUGACAGAGGUGAGCUUUGAACGUUGUUUCUAAGAGUGAGCACAAAACUGAAAUUAUGAAUAAAUCGCCAAUUUAUUUAAUAUUUCGAUUGGUAUUUAUUACCCAAUACUUGUUUUAUAAUUUUCUUGACCAGUCUGAUUGUUGGCAAACCAAGUUUAGGAUUUCAAACGUGGCUAAUAACCUGGGCAACGAAGGUCCAAUCCGGAAGUCCCGAGUCCGUCUUCAAUUAUUCCAUCUAUUUGUCCAUCUCUCAGGAGUUCCGAGUCUGAUUACACGUUUGCGCGUGUAACUUGUCACCUGGUUUGUUUCACUUGUUCGUCAUCUUUUGCAGAGUGCAAGACGACCAAAUGAAUUUGUAGUAAAGAAAGCACAGUUUUAACCUUAAAAUUUCAUGAAGUAUUUGUGCUCUGUGGUACUCCAGCGUAAUGAGUCUUAAUUACUCGUUGCACAUCGUAAAUACGUUGGCAAAAGAUAAUUAUAAUUUGCCGAUAGGAAAUAAUUCAAUUGGCUCUCUCUUUUUCAAAGGCAAAUAAGGCUGCUGGAAAGACGAUGGACGUAGGCAAGAUAAUGAACACCUUCACGCUGCAAAUGGGGUACCCUGUGGUAACCAUAACAGCCACAGAAACACCAAACACAUAUCAAGCAACCCAAGACCGUUUUCUUUACUACAAAGAUCCAAAAGCAAACUACUCGUCUUCCCAGUACAAGUAAGCGACAUUAUCCAGAAUUUUUUUCACCUCAUUGAAGUUUAACGAUAGGGGAGGAUUGGAAAAUACUCCAUAAAUGACCGCCUGCAUUAUCUGACUGCAUAAAGACAAGAUGAGCGCAAGGAAAAGAACUAAAAAAUUUGAACCUUGAGGACAAAUUCUUUUAAAAGUCCUUAAAAUAUAACAGGAUCAACACAGAGCACAGUAACGACCUCAGCUAAUGUUUAUUCUUUAAUCAAUUGGCGCAAAAUAAUUAUAUUAGUCGACAUAACGCCGAAGUUUUUCCUCCCUGCAACUUGGGACAAGUGUACCCCUGUCCAAUUAAUCAAUCAAUAUAUCUAUAUAUGUCUAUUUAACAAAUAGAUUCCAAGUUGCCGUGCGUCUAUUCAGUAGUAAAUCACAGAUGACGUCAAAAUGUGGUAAGAACAAAAAAGUGGCACACGAGGCGCAGCCGAAGGUGUCACUGAUGUUCUUACCACAUUUUGACGUCCUCUGUGAGCUAUUACUUAACAGACGCACGGCAACUUGGAAUCUACUUGUUUUAUAUAAUAAAGAAUGAAAAAAAGGUUUUAAUGAUGACGUCAUCUAUACGUCUGUCCUUCAAUAGAUCAUAAGUGAGAACCAAUCAGAAUGCGAGCAUAACUGAGCUUAUUAUAUAAAUAUAUAUAUAUAUAUAUAUAUAUAUAUAUACACACAUAUUAUAAAGCUCUCUAUUUAAAUAUAUAUGUAUAUUAUAAAGCUCUGCUCUACAAUCUACUGAUCUAAUCUAACGUUGCUUUGUUUUAGUUACAAGUGGGUCAUUCCAUUUACCUACUACACUGGAUCAAGAAAAUCUAAUAAUCCUCCAACAGAUACGAUGUCAAAAAUAAUAGACAAAGAAUCAGGUAAAUGUCGAAGGGCGCCGUUGUUUUAAUCUCUCACACGGUGAAUUUUUUUGUAGAGCAUCACGUUCUGAAAGUGGGGGAUGGGUUUCAGGCGGCAUGCAGGGUCUGAUUUAAUUCGUUUCGUAUUUGUUUGACUUGGUUAUUCCCUGUUAGCUCUUGAUCUUUAAUUUGUAAGCAGAUUUUCUGUUUAGCUUCAUGAGGAAGAUGGCCACUAACGGUAUACAGGUGAGGAGUGUUAUGAAAUAAUCGAUAUACAGGUAAAGAGUGUUAUGAAACCCACGAUAUACAGGUAAAGAGUGUUAUGUAACAGACGAUAUACAAGUAAAGAAUGUUAUGAUAUCAGCGUCAGUGGAAUAAGGGUUCUAAUCCAAGGGCUUACGGCCAGAUAAGUAAUGGAAAUAUGUAGUAUUCGAUAUACAUGUAUUUGUUAACAUUAUAAAUGUAUUGCAGUUAGUUUGAAUUGGGAUGGAAAUGGAUGGAUAAAAGGAAAUAUUGGGCAGACUGGUUUCUACCGCGUCAAUUAUGAAGAAAAAAACUGGGAUAUGCUGGCUGAGCAGCUUAAAAAUAAUUACAAGGUAAUAUAUAGAGAAUAAUAGAUAGGCGUGCGUAGAUAUGGAAUUCCUCUUCAAGUGGUUAACUCGAUAGCUCACAAGUGAGCGCAGCAAACGAAUGAGAUGUCGAGUUGAACACGAGAAGGGAAAUUUCAUAUCUGCAAGUGACCAUGUAUUUUUUUUGUUUAUCAUAUAACCACAAUAGCCCUUCACUGAAAAGAAAAGUCAACUUUAUAAAUGAAUAAAAAUAAAAGGGUCGACAAUCCGCGAAUAAAAUCGUAAAGUGCGUUGGCGCUAAGGCAUAAGAUGAAAAAAUGCAUUGAUACAAUACAAAAAUAGACUAUGGGCGUAAUUUUCAAUAUACAAAAUUGUCAGUUAAUGAAUUGGUCCCUACCGACAGAAGAAAUCUUUCAGGUAUACGGUCAAAAUCGGCUCGUGGAAAAUCUUUCAGUUGUCGGUUUUCGUUCUCAGCCGCGAGAAAUGCCAUUACCAAAGCCACUGAAUUCGAAUAGUUUUCGGUUUUUCUUUCCGUAUUUUGGCUUUCUUCCCCUUCUUGAGAAGCUUGAUUGUCACUGUCUGUAAGUGAUACGGAUUUUUCAGUGUUUUAGCUGCCGUAAUCCCAAAAAAUUCCGACAAACGACCUUGGAUUGAGGAUGGUGAAGGCUUCGCCGUUCAUUCAUCAACGAAACCGAGUGGCGCGAAAUGCGAGUGACGUGUCAGCAGCUGAUUGGCGAUAUCAAACAUACCUGAAAAUAUACGAUAUUAUAUCUCGUGUGUUGCACGGCUUUUUUCAGGGCUCGGAAUCCUUGUAUAACGCCGUACUUUAUAUGAUAAAAUGCAAUAAUAUAAAGAAGGCUUUCAAUCAGUAUGUCAUUUAGUCAAAUAUGUAGUCAUUGACCGUCAAUUUAGGUAGAGUUCAUCCCCCGACAAUAGACUGGCGUGGACUUUUCAAUCAAGCACAAUUUGUCGAUUUUUUAAGCGAGUGUAUGAUCUAUACAUCAAGUUGGACGGUAGCUAGCUUUAGUUCUUAAGUAAUUUUUCAACACCUGAACUGCAUAAAUGGACCAUUCAAUCACUUACAGGUCUUUAACGCCACCGAUCGCGCAGGGCUUAUAGAUGAUUCAUUCAACUUGGCCAGGUGAUAAAAUUAUAAUCCUCAAACUUACAUUGGUUGGUAGAUUGUUAACUAAAGUUUGACCGGUUUUUUAGCUUGUCUCUGUCUGAUUGCUUCCAUGUUUCUUAUAUGUGAUUGGCUGUUUUCCCAUUAGAAACUGUGUGUAAAUGCAAGUUUUGAGAAUUUUUUUCGAAAGGUAGAUCGUGAUCAGAUAAAAUAAUAAAUGAUUCAAAACCUUUUUAUUCCUAGGAGUGACCCAAAAAAACUUUCUCCUCGCAACAUCGAUAAAUUUUCAUGCAGAAAGCUCCUGUUAGACGAUAUCAUGAAAUGUAAUUAAAUUAAAUAAAAAGGCAGACAAUGGAUAUAAUUUAUCUUAAGGAUUCGGAUGUCAAAGAGUUCAUAACAUUCUUAGUUGUGACGCGUGUUGAGCGCUAUGGUUUGAAAAAAAAACAUGUUCUGUUCUUGAUUUUAGAGCCAACUUAUUAAAUCACACAAAGCCUCUUAGUAUAUCAAGUUAUCUGGACAAGGAAGAGGACUACGUUCCAAUGCUAUCCGCGUUGAGAAAAUUUUCACAUAUAUUAGAGAUCGUUCCCUCCACGAGACCAGCCCACAAAUAUUUACAGGUAGGGAUGUAAGCUCGAUUUAAUCUUUUCUUUUCUAGCUCUGGAUUUUCAAGCUGGCGAUUCAAGUCAGAAAUUUUCAGCGGUAUUAAAAUGAGUUUAGAGGGUAUGAUAAGAUAAAGCUCAAGUUUUACUCAGCAUGAGCAGCCUUUAAAAAAAAUUUAAUGCUCCUAGCUUACCAUUUUUUUUACCAAAGAAAGGAAGUCUUUCGGUGGCAUUAUUUCAUCUGUUUUUAAGACGAUGGACAAGAACCACCAGUUCUUGAUAAACCCUCUUCAGUACUAUUAAUUAGAGGGCUGUCUUUUUUUCCUUUAGAUGUAUGUGGAAUAUUUAACAAAGACUCAGUACGACAAGCUUGGAAUCAAAGAUCAAGGAACGCAUCUUGACAAGUAUGAGAAUUGUCAUUCAUCCAUUCAUUUACUUAUCAUUUAUGAAUCCAUACAUACAUCAUCUUAUUUACACAUUCAUUCAUUUAUCCAUCCAUAUCAGAUCAUGAUUUGUUGCAAGUCAAUUUUUCAAUCCUUAUACACUUCGUUCUAAUCUAUUUCUUGGUAGCUGAGUUUAAAAAUGUAUGAAGCAAAGAGCUCACUUUAGGGGAAAAUGCAUGGUUAUCCUCGUUGUUAGACUAAACUGCCUGUAGAAGACACACACCCAAGAUGCAGAGUAUUUUGUUCGUUUUUUUUUCAAGAUUUCUGAGAACUAUUCUCCUCGAUGCUAAUUGUGAGGCUGGGGUCAGGUCAUGUCUGGGAAAUAUGACGAAAAUGUUUCAAGAAUGGAUGAAUGACCCGGUCAAGAACGCGUGAGUACUCUCCAUUACAUUCACCAAUUCUAGAACUGCUACAGUUUCUCGUUGAAGCUGCUGACUGACGAGAUUUUCUCGGCUGUGGGUUUUGCUUUCCGAUAGUUUUCAUAUCCUCCAGCUGUUCUUUUCAUCGAUUGUACCGAAAGGUCGGUAACUCCUCCAGUUUCUUCGAUAGGUCAACAGCUUUAAAAAAAAAAAACGCUCAAGCAUUGUGAUAGGUUACACGUUGUGGAGAAACAUUUAUUUAUUAUGAAGGCGACUUUCAAAUUGUUGAACCCUUAAGGCACAGACAUGGCGGAAGUUGUGCCGUUCAUAUAAUGCUACUCUUAAAUGUCAAAUUCGCUUCAUUUUCAAUCUACAUCUCCAUACAUCAGAGUUGUGACUUUCACCCAGCUGACUUUAGAUCAAUUCUUUUUCCUCUCUUGUGAAAUCAAGGUCAGCGAUGAUUUGAACAAUGAUUUAGAUGUCUGUGAUUGACCUGCCACUUUCAUUAGAGCCUUACUUACAUAUUAUUGGACGGCUUCACUUUGUAGUGUACCAGCGGAUCUCAAAGCCUUAGUUUACCAUUUUGGAAUAGUGACUGGUGGAGAGAAGGAAUGGAACUUCGCUUACAAUCAGUUUAAAACUACGACUGUAAUCUCAGAUAAAAAUACACUGCUUUACGCCAUGGCAGGAUCACAACAGCCUUGGAUUAUCCAGAGGUAAACGCUAAUCAAAUUGAAGCAAUACCAAGGAUCCUUAUUUUGAACGAAUAUUAUUCAUUUUUUUCCUCAGUUUUUUCAUGAGUUUUGGUAUGAUUAAAAAAGGGAACACCUACGAUAAAAACUUUGUAUUCCUAAAGUUCCACGGCUAAGAAAAAUUUGGUCGAUUCUUGGAGAAAAGUAUUCAGUCCAGGAGGUGUUAGCCGCAGUUCCAACCAAACCCUUCAUUUUUUGGAGAUAUCUACACUGCUUUGAGUGACAAGGUUGGCCAGAUCCUUGUAAAGUAACGUAACCAGCAAGCACGUUACUUUGUAAAGUGACGUAACUAGUGAACACCUAACCUUAAAAAGUGAAGUAACUGCUAAACGCGUGAAACGGCCCAAUUCACGGAAACAUUUUAAAUUAGAAGUAGGUCAAUAGAUAUGGCCUCGAGGCUAAUUCGAUGAUGAUUUUUUAAAUUGGGCCAUUUGGAAACAGCGUGAACAACUAGAAAUCUGUGUUUCGUUUUCCUUCUAAAGGGUAUCAGAUCUUUGUUUAAAAAUGUCAAACAAUUCCAAAAAUGAAAUUGGUUCUAGUGGAAAAUUCUCUGAGUUUGUGCAUGCUUGAAUGUUAAUGUAUUUUAGUAUAUUACUGAAAAACAAACAGUUCUAAACAAACAUUGAAUAUAUUCAAAAGAUUUGUAUGAAGUUUUCAGCGGUAUUUUGGUAAAAAUUUCCGACUGCCGGACGUUUAGUCCGUUUGAGAACGUACCGGCAAUCUGAUCCGAAGUGUACAAUUUCUAAGGUCGACAAUCAAGCUCGGAAAAAUUGUCCACUUAAACCCAAAUUAGUUUUUGGAAUCGCGUGACAUUUCUAUACCAAAAUCUGAUACUCUUAAGAAGUUUCAGAGAAGCUUUCAAUAGAACUUUGGUGAAAAUGUCAAACUGGCGGGCAUCUAAUCCAUUCGAGACCGUGCCAGAUAGUCUGAUCAGAAGCGUAGAAUUCCUAAGUGUCGACAACCCAGCGAUAAUAAAAUAUACCUCUUUACAUUUUCAGGUACUUAGAGUAUACUUUGGAUCCCUCGAAAAUCUCUCCCCGCAAUCUAGUUUAUGUGAUGUACUACAUUGCUAAAAGUAAUGAAAUGGGUGCCAACGUAGCGUGGAAUUUCUUCCAGUUGAAAUGGAAUGUAAUAUCCAAAAUGUGAGUAUGAGAAAAGUGAUUGCUGUAAAAAUCACUUGCAAGAUACUUAAAAUAGAUUUGACACUUAAUUUCCAUUAAGGAUAAGCUGGUGAUAUCUCUCUAUUUAAAUUCCAAGGAACAAAGAUUUUUGUUCUUGUUCACUCGAGAAAAUGAAAUUGCGCACAUUGAAAAUAACCAAAAAAAUUGAUAAAAAAAUGUAUGUGUGUAUCUAAUUAAUUUCCAAUUAUUAUUGCAGGUAUGGAGGUUCGUAUAUGACUUUAAGGCGUUUUAUUCCUUUCGUGUCCAGGCGAUUCUCUACAGAUUUCGAGUUACAGCAGGUAAACUUAACGAUAUUAUUUUGCUAAAGGUUAAUAUCUUAUGAAGCUAUAUCAUUUUAUUUGACAUGCGAAAAAACCUUGCGUGUUUUAUGAGCCACAAUUCGGCCAGAUUUCACUGGACAUUUCAUUUUCAGAUUCUGUAUUAAGGCUACGAAAUUUCGGCAAUGUGUUAGAUUAGACUUGCCGAACUAUUUUAGUUUGUGAACUACUGCAGAUUGUGAACUUUGAUGGUUUGCGAACUUUUGAACUCUUGUUUAACUCGUUCAACCAAUCGGAUUAUUUAAACCUCUCUAACAAGGAUUCUGAUUGGCUUAUUGUGGCGUGCUUUAUGAGAAUAGAGAGCUUGCUGACGACACUGUUGUUCGCUCUGGAAAUAAAAUUUUGUAUGGAAAAUUGAAGUAAUGCUUGGGGAAUUUCACAGACUCUUUAUUAUAAAACAAGUAGAGAAGCCUAAACUGUGCUCUGCUUUGUUGUAAAGCACUUAGGAAGCGGCUAGAGCACCCCAGAGGUGGAGAGACACUCGACUACGUAUUUCUCCUUACACUUCCUGCGUGCUUUAUAACUUGAAACAUAACAGAGCGCAGCACAGGCUUCCCUAUUUGUUAAAUUGUGUCGUUAAGUUGUGUUUACCAGUAAUUUACUUCCAGAAUUACAGCUUGAUGGGUUUUUGGGAAUAUGUUGCGCCAUGGUUUUUCCGUCAGAUUUGAACAAACUUUACCUGAAAAGUUUAAAAGGAGUUUCGUAAUUACUGCACUGUUUCCCCUUUUUUCUCUUUCAGCUGCUUGAUUUCAUCCAGACGGUAAAUAAGGGUGGACCCUUAUCAUGGACGGUGCAACAGUCGAUAGAAAAAGUAAAAGAAAAUAUACAAUGGCGAAAAACCAAUGAGAAUGACGUUGAGUCCUGGUUAAAGGAUUUCUUUGCUAAAAAGUCCAAGAAAGAUACUGAUGACGGUUUUACUGAUCCGGCAAAAUAGGCGACGAAUUCCUCUGAAUAAUCAUGAUUACACUACCAUAAAUUUAGACGCAAAAAUAUUGCUUCGCGUGCAAGAAGUUCAAGAACUUUAUCACUGUGACCCACUUGUUUAUUUAAGGCUUUAUGUGCGAG